AGUGGUGCACUCUAGCAGCGGUAGUGACCAGGCAGCAAACAGUCUGAGCUGUGCUUAAGCACUUGACUUGUUUCAAAAGUACCUAUUUGUUAUAACAGUUAUAUUUGAAAGGUCGACAGUGUGUUGCAGGCGUUGUGUGAAAAGUGUAAGUGAAACGUAGUGUUGGCAAAAAAUCAAAUAGAUUUGCCAUACAACUGUGGAAAGCCAAAAUUUGCGAAGCGAAAAGCUGAAAUUGUGUAAAUCGUGAGAAAUAACAUAUUUCUAAAUUUACUGUAAGCGUCAACCCUUCCAAGUGAAAGCAGCAAGGAAAACAAAAAUAACAAAAACAAUGAUGUCAAACAAGUUAUUCUGUUGGUCCUUGGCUUUUGUCGCCGUUUGCUUGGCGCUGUGUAUGUCGACGUCGGAAGCAGCGCCAUUUCCCAGGUAUCAGGGCGGCGGCUACUACAACGAGCUUGAGGAGGUGCCCGACGACAUAUUAAUGGAGCUGAUGGCCCGUUUCGGACAAACUAUUAUGAGAGCACGCAACGAUCUGGAAAACUCUAAACGCACUGUGGACUUUGGCUUGGCGCGCGGCUACUCAGGCACACAAGAGGCGAAACAUCGUAUGGGCUUGGCCGCUGCCAAUUUCCCCGGCGGUCCAGGCAGGAGGCGACGAUCGGAAACCGAAGUCUAAAGUGUCUCAGAACGCCCAGGCAGCAGGCAAGCAAGCGUGCGAAUGAAAAUAUGAAAACUUUGAUUUGAAAAUUUCUGAAUUUAUGCCGGAUUUAUUAGAGAACUCUAUAAGAAUUUGUUGAUUAUUAAAUACAUACAUACAACAUAUAUACAUACAAGCAUACAAAUAAAUAAACAAACAACAGCGGACCAAAGCGCCUCUUGCAUCCUAAAAGAAUAUAGUGACUAUUUUUUAUUAGCCUAAAUAUAUAUGUAUGUAUAUGUAUUUAGUACAAGACAAAAACAACAAAGCAUACGUA